AGGGAUAGGUAGAAGUUAGGACACAGCUGGAACCCAGUGAAGUUCUUUGAAGAUCUCUGAAGAAGUGAAGCUACAACUGAAGAUUUCAGAAGAAGACUAUAUCAAUGGCGAUGUUGACCAUCCUUCUGCUUCUCAGCGCUGCCAUUGUUCUGGGCGAGGCCUUUGAUCUACGUGCCACAAAGGCUGGGGUGGAGGAGGAACAGCAGGAGGCAGGAGUAGCAGAGAGUGAUCAUCCAUGCCCCAGUGGUUGGACCAAAUACGGAUCACUUUGCUUUUUGUUUGUCAACACUGCAAUGACAUGGACCCAGGCUGAAAGCUACUGUCUGUCCCAUCAAGCAAACCUGGCCUCUGUGCACAACUGUGGGGACAACUAUAAUUUACAGCAAUUGGUGUUGAAAAACACCGGCCAACAUCAAACUAUCUGGAUUGGAGGAGUUGAUGCUGUUCAGGACCAACAUUGGUUCUGGAGUGACGGCUCCAAAUUUGAUUACAAGAACUGGGAGCAAGGAGAGCCCAAUAAUUAUGGUGGCAGGGAGCACUGUCUUGAAAUGAACUAUGGAGGUGACAAAAAGUGGAACGAUUUAAACUGUGGAGAAAAAUUGCCCUCGGUGUGCGCACUGAAAACCUGUUAAAUCAAGCAAAACAUCAACUCAACUGAAAAAGAAACGUUUUUCCAUAGUGUCAGCAUCCUAACUGAACACACAAGUCAAAUACUUUUUAAAUGAUUUGUUUCGGUAAAAUUAACAUUUUAGUUACUUGUUGUGCAUAAAUGUUGAGUAAUGAUUCUGU